AUGGUGAUAGCGAAGACAGCCUCCAACAUCCCCGUGAUUGACCUUUGUGGGGAGAGGUCAGAGGUUUCAAGCCUCAUCGUGAACGCCAGCGAAGAGUUCGGGUUUUUCAAGGUGAUCAACCAUGGCGUGGACGAGGAUGUCAUGAAGAGAAUGGAGGACCAAAGCUUCCAGUUUUUCCGUAAACCGGGGUUUGAAAAACAGAAAUUAGGCGGGCCGGCGAAUCCUUAUGGCUAUGGGUGCAAGAAUAUAGGGUUCAAUGGAGACGUUGGAGAGGUGGAGUAUCUCAUUCUUCACGCCAACAACCUUCUCUCUCUUGCCCAAACAUCCAAUCUCCCCCUCAACUUAAGCUCAGCAGUAAAAGGCUACGUAGAAGCACUUAGGGAGUUGGCAUGUAAGAUAUUGGAAUUGAUGGCUGAGGGUUUGCAUAUACAAGAGACUUCAGUGUUCAGCAACCUCAUCAAGGAUGUUCAAAGUGACUCUAUAUUUAGACUCAACUAUUAUCCAUCUCUUUCUAGGAGUACCUCAUUGUCACCUACUUUUAGUGAUAUGGUUGGAUUUGGAGAACAUACUGACCCUCAGAUCUUGACUAUUUUGAAAUCAAAUGAUGUUGCUGGCCUACAAAUCUCGUUUAAGGAUGGUGUGUGGGUCCCAAUCUCUCCCGAGCCUCGAUCUGCCUUCUUUGUUAAUGUGGGUGACAUGUUACAGGCAUUGACAAAUGGAAGGUUUAUGAGCGUAAGGCAUAGGGUGAUGUUGGGAUCAUUGAAAACGAGGAUGUCAAUGGGGUAUUUUGGAGCCCCAACACUCAACACAACAAUUAGUUGUCCAUUUAAAUUAGUGACGCCAGAAAAUCCCCGUCUGUAUCGAGCAUUCACUUGGGCUGAGUAUAAGAAAACUACCUAUUCAAGAAAGUUAGGUGACAACCGCCUUCAACUUUUUCGAGUAUAAU